AUGCUUCAGAAUCCCGACACGCUGCUGUCCGUGCUGGAGCUCAACCAAGAUGAGCUCAUCACGAGUCGCUGGAGGCGUUUUGCCUUCCAAGCAAUGCGGAUGUUGGCGCGAGCUUCGCCGGCGCUGGUGAUCUAUGGCGGCACAAUUAGCUUGCUGGUCUGUGCGAUUUGCCAAUAUCGCUGGGGCGUGCUGCUAGCCCUGACGCUCUUCACCUUCUAUAUGCUUCACUUGUGCGUGACAUUCCUGAUUUUCGCCGCGGUUGGGCUGAUGAGGGUUUUUCACGCAAGCAAGGAGGACUGGGCUGCCCGUGCAGCGGCCCUGCAGCCUGCUUCAAAUGCUGAUGACGAGGAGGACAUUACAACGCGCGACGUGCUGCAUGUGGUGAUGCUUCCAACAUUCUGCACCCCCUUGACGGUGCUGGAGCAUACGUUGACUUCGUUGGCUCAGUACAGCCAGGCAAAAGGGCAGCUGGCCGUUUGCUUGGCAUUCGAGGAGCGUGAAGAAGAAGCGCAAGAGAAGGAAAAGUCUUUGAGACAGAUGUUUGCUGACACGUUUUUCUUCAUCCAUGCGACGUACCAUCCCUCCAACCUUCCAAACCAUCUGCCUGGAAAGUCUUCCAACGAGUGCUGGGCUUUUCAACAGCUGUGCAGAGAACUGGAAGAGGUCUACCAGAUUAUGCCGGAGGAUCCCAGGGUUGUCAUCACGGUCAUAGAUGACGACUCUGACAUGCAUUCCAAGUACUUCGAGGCGCUGACACACCACUUCGUGGCAGCAGGCCCCAGCAGAAGGCAAAUGACUCAGGGCCAGAGAAAGUCUGUGCUGCGUCGAGGUCUCAAUCAUUAG